AUCAACAAUUGAAAUUAAUUUUUUGGAAAUUGUUUAAAAUAUUAAUUUUCUGGUAGGAAGGACAAUGGGAGAGCCACUUACCGAUUCUAAAGAAGUAAAAAUUGGUAUUAUUGGCGAAUCUGGUCUAGAUACUCCUUUGGCAUUAAAUGAUAGAAAAGAAUGUGCUGUAUGUACACCAUUUGGAAAGCCUUCAGACAUUAUUAUUGAGGGAGAUAUUGAAAAUGUCAAAUGUGCACUGCUUUCAAGAAGUGGUCGUCUUCACGAUAUAAUGCCAUCUAACGUUAAUUAUAGGGCUAAUAUUUGGGCUAUGCGUAAGUUGGGAUGUACUCAUAUCUUGGCAACGAACACUGUUAGUUCGCUACGUGAUUAUAUUCAUCAAGGCGAUGUUGUAGUUCCACAUGAUAUUAUUGAUAAUACUACAAAACGGGAACAAACAUUUUAUGAUGGUGCUGUGGGUAGCCCUUUUGGUGUUUGUCAUUUGCCAAUGUACCCUGUAUUCUGUGAACGAACAAGAAAUCAGCUAGUAAGAGCGGCAAAUCUGCUGGAGAUUGCGACACAUUCAAAGGGAACCGUAAUCACUUUAGAAGGACCGCGUUAUUCUACAAUUGCUGAAAACAAUUUAUUUAGAAGCUGGGGGGCUGAUCUUCUUAGCAUGACGUUAUGUCCCGAAGCUGCACUAGCUAAGGAAGCAGGAAUUCUAUAUGCAUCUUUCUGUUUUGUAACUAACAAAGAAUGCUGGUGUGUUAACCAGCAAGUAGCAAAUACUCAUGAAAUAAUAUAUGCAUUUAAGAAGAAGUUAGACAAAAUUCAAAAUAUUCUAAUUAAUACUAUUAAAGGCAUUUCCCAAGAGAACUGGUCAGAGGAGAUAUUAAAAGCAAAGAUGUUAGUUUGUAGUAACUUUUCAAAUCGAAAUCAGUAAAAUAAUAUUACAACUUAAUAAAUACAGCAAUAAAGGCUAUUCUCAAUUUGAUCAACAAUUUAUUGCUGGAGAUUUUUUUUAUAUAUUCAUUUGUGCCAAAAAUGAUUGAUGGCAACGAAGCAGCCGUUUGCAAAAAUAUAUCAGCUACUUAAUUAUGUAAUCAAAUCGAGCUGAGUUAAAUUAAAUUGAUUAAAAAUUCUAAUAGUAAGAAUACUGUCUAUCUUUGAAAUGAAAAAUAUGUAGCAAUAUAACUGAAUUCAAUACAUUUGCUUCAAAAAUUUAUCAUUCGGAACUCGGAUACAAAAAAGUGGACUCCGUAAAUGAAAAUCGGCUUGAAACUACUGUCUACGUCUCUGGAUGAAAGUGAUUUAAUUGGUGAUUUAUUAAAUUGCUAAUUUUAAUAACCAAAAAAAAAUAAAGCAUGUAUUAUAGUUUUUCACAAAUUAAACAAGAAAUUACAUAAAAAA